AGAAACAUAAGUUUCUGAGAGCUCCUGAUUUGUCUUGCAGGUCUCCAUGCGGCCUGUGAGACUUAAAAAUCAAAAUAAUUGUCAAAGGUUGAAUUGGAUUGGAUAUAGCCUUGGCACUAUUUUUAACGCGUAAGGCUUAACGAGUAGCUCUAGUGUAAAAAGUCAAGCCCAUAGUCUGACACUUCAAAUCAUUGGAGGUGAUUACUGUAUUAUUAAAAUUGUAUGGUGUAGAGGUAGAACAUUACAUUACUAACGAAAGUCAAGAUUUCAAAGUGAUUUUAUGAUUUUUAAUUUCUGUGAUUCGUGUGAGUAAACUUUUGUCACUGAUGUUGAGUUCAAUGAUGACAACAACAUGAGUAUGAAACAAGAUUGGAAAUUGCUGGAAAUGAUGAAACUAUUAAAAGAAGAAUGAGACACAAAAUUAAGAGAUCAAGAAGAAUGAGACAAAGUUAAAAGAAGACCAAGAAGAAAAACAUAGGAAAAGAAGAUCAAGAGAACUUGGCAUUUUAAAUACUUUGAUAUCCAUUCAUAAUGUGGUGUGGAGACUUUUCAAAUUUACAUGAAGACUUUCUUGAAUUGGUUGAUUGUAAGUCACAUAAACAUCAGAUAAUUGAGAACUUGAAGAAUGGAAUAUGGGAAAUAGGAAUUCCAGAAAAGGAGUCACUGGUUUGGUUUGUCAGAAAAAAAUGUAUGGAGCCACUACUGUUUGAAAAGAACUUUGAUGAAGAAUAUCCACAAUUAACAGGCUGGGCUAAACAGGGAAUGCUACUGCCAGAUGAGGGACGAGAUUUUAUUCCUGAUGGCCGUGCUGAUACAGACAUAAGAGAAAUUGUGAAGCUUGCAGAUUCGAUAGCGUAUCAUCUAAGUUUAAUGUUACAGAGUCUGUUCAUUUUAUCCGAUAAAUGUGCCUUCAACAAGAAACUUUUAAUUGAGUAUAGACAAAGAUCUGAGGAAAUUCUUUCUUGUUAUAACCUAGAAGAAGCUAUGAGAUGCAUUGGAUGUGAUGAUUUGUAUAAAAUAAUUUGGAAAUCUAUAAAUAGAGAUUCGGAGAAAAACAAAAAGAUGGUGAUAUCAGCAUUUAUGAUUACCAUUCAAUUAUUUCUUAUAAGUUGUCUAUCUUUUUCUGAAAAUACAGCAGAUGAAAUGAAAGGAAUAUCAUGUGAUAAAAAUGAGGCUUUGGAACUGAAAACUAUGGGCAAUUGUGAGUACAAAGAUCAACAGUUUUCUCAAGCUAUUGCUUCUUAUACAAAAGCUAUAAAAAUCAGCCGUUACAAUAGUGUCUUAUACUCUAACCGAGCAUUGGCGUAUCUAAAACUUCAUAAAUGGGUUGAAGCUGAAUUGGAUAGUCGACGAGCUAUUAUUCUCAGACCUGACUGGUUAAAAGGUUAUCACCGACUAGCUCAAGCAUUGGAAGGUCAGAGUGAAUACCACUUUGCUCAUAAUGUGUGUAACUUUGGCAAGAACCGCUGUGCAUAUCUUGAUUAUGCAGAUCUAUCUGAAUUAGAUUCAUUCAAACAUCAGUUAGUUAGACAAUGUGAAACAAAUUAUGGUCUGUGUUAUACUCAUAAGAAAAUAGGUGAAAGGCAUAUUACAGAAUUUGGAAAAUAUUCAAAAGAGAAAAAGCAAACUAAUAUUAAUGAUGUUCCAGACCUUGUUCCUACUUCAUCUGAUUCUGAUGAAGACAGCUCAACUUAUGAAGAAAUUAUAGAGCAUAAGAAUUUAGAAGAGGGAAGCUUGCAGCCUUCUACAAUCUGGUCCUUUGAAAAAGAUGUUCCUCUUCAACAAAAAUCUAACUGUACUACAUUUCCUGUAACAGCAGACAAUCCAAAAUCUCCUAAACAAACUGAGAAUAUUCCUAGUACCCAAAUACCUGUUUCUACAGACACUAAAAAUCUUUCUAUUUUGAUAAAAGAGCUUAAACAGUCUUUAAAAUCUGGUUCUGAAGCCUUCCUCAAAGGAUGUAGUCGUAGUGCAAAAGCCUAUUAUCAACAGGCACUUUCAACUAUUUCCAAAGUUGAUUCUGUAGAGGAUCUGGGUUUGGAUGAGACUGAUUUGGUUGUUAUAAAUUAUACCUUUGGAAUGGCUAAUUUGGAAUGUGAGCAAAAAGAGGAAAUACAAAAAGCUAUCUCUAUAUUUGAGGAUAUCAUUGAAAACCACAAAAAUGUACGCUUUCCAACAGCAUAUUAUGGUCUUGGUUAUGCAUACUUUAAAAAGAAUAGAUUUAAAGAAGCGCUAGUGCCUCUACUCUCUGGAAAGGAUAUUUUAGAGAAAGGCAUUGUAUAUGGUGUAAAUCAGUGGCCAGGAACAUUAGAAAUAAUAGAAUUAACCAAACCUGGAAACCUCAAAGAAGCAAUUGAAGAAUUGAUUCAGCAAUGUCGAUAUCCGCCUCGACCUGAUGCUGUCUGUCGCUUCGAAGAAUGUAAUUUUAACAAAUCCAUUUUUUAUCAUGAUGUCGAUUUUCGUGGUUUUACUAGGCUUAGAUGCUCUGAACAAUGUUCCUUAGAAUAUCACCCUAGUUGUUGGAAGCAAAUGAAGGAUCAAAUAAAAAUGAAAAAUGAAAAGGAAUUUGUGAAUUCCAGGUGCAUGACUCCAGAUUGUAAAGGGACAAUUACUAUUAUUGUAAUUGUCGACAAAGAUGGCAAAGUCUCUAAAGAGUUUUUUGAUAAAAUCCAGGAAAAUCAGGUAGAACAACCCAAGCACAGAAAAACUAGGCUAGAGAAGAAAAUGGAGCAAAAAGAGAAAAGGAAACGGCGUUACCAAGAUAAUAAUAAUCCAGCAGAAAAAAUAUUCUCAAAGGAUAAGCAACUUCUGGAAAAAUGUGAAUCUGAUGAAGAUGAAAGUGAACCUCAUUUAUUGCCAAAAAAUCUUGAAAGUUUAAAUACUACUCAACAAGAAGAGGGCGAAGUCAACAGGAGUUGUAAAAAGGAGGUUCUCAAAAACAACAGUGAUUCCCAAAGUCCUAAACACGUGAUUUAUCCUGUGGGAACUGAACCUUCUUAUGUCCUCAAAAGAGAAGCUGAUGAUGAUUCAAAAAAAAUCACUGAUGUGAAAGAAACAAAGAAGAAGAAACAGAAGCGAAAAAAUAUUUUGAGUUUGGAAGAAUUUUGUGGAGAAUCUCCUAACUUUUUAUUUAAUGAAUACCAACAACGACUUAAACAUCUUCAAGAGAAUAAAAGAAUGGUGGAAGAAGGUAAUGAUUAUUGGUUACAGUUCUGUGCCUUGCAGGCAGAUAGAAUACCACAACUUGAUCCAGAAAGACCAUUUUAUAUCCCACAAGAUCUGCGGAAUGAUUCAGAAACACUGGAAACAAUAUUGCAGUCUUAUGGUGGAAUAGGGGAGCCAGAUGAUAUCAGACAUACAAAAGAGGCAAUAUAUUCGUACAUGGAAGAGUUCCUCAACUGUAAUGGCCCAAAACUGGUAUAUGAUUCUGUUAUUUCUCAAGAAGUUUCAUCCUUUCCCACAGAGGCUCAAACCAUAAUCAGUGAGGUUGGAGGGAUUGCCAACUUUUUGUUGGGUAGUAUAAAAUUUGCACUAGUUGGGGAUUAUAUCUGCACUACAUCUGCUAGCAAUAUACUAAAGGCAUAUAGGCUUUCAAACCAAGGUUCCAGUAUCAAUUCCAGUGCUGAUGUGCUGGAUAGUUUUGAAGAUUUAAAUGUUUUGUAUAACAACUGUUUUGAAGAAGUUUUAAACUUUGAUGAGGAGACUGGUGUGAGUGAUUUUAUUCACAAUCUUGAAACAUCUGCAUUGAACCCAGAUGCAGCUGUCUACAAUCCUAGUGGGUUGGACGUGUAUAAUGAAAUUGAAAAUAAAGAACAGCCUGAUCACAGAGAAAUGCACAAUGGAAGUGGUGAUGGCCAGCUCCAGAAACAGUGUGGUAUUGACUCUAUAUCCGAGAUAAGAGAAUCUUUACUAUCAACUCUGAAAAACCUCAGACAACCCAUUUAUAAAAGCAGUGAGUUGGAUAUGAUUGUUUCAAAGGUAAAUGAAAAUGUUGACUCAGUUGGUGAGGAAGUAUACAAUGGUGAGGCUUGUAACCAAGGUGCAGUUUUGGCAACACCAGUGUGCUAUGACCCAAUAUCUGAUGAAAUUUCUACUACAGUUUCUAACACGGAAGAUAAUUUGGAUGUUAAAGAUGUAUCAAAACUUGGCUCAAAUAUCGACUUAGCUUUGACACAGCUAAAAAAAGCUGUAAUGGCUGUUCCUGGGCAUUACAGAACUGAUAUAUUAAUAAGUGUUGUCAAUGGUGUUGUCUCGUCUGGCCUUAUGACAACUAAAGAUUUUGGUACUAUCAACUAUCAUCUCAAAGGAGUGCGUAUUAGUCCCAAAUCGAAGCUCUUAAACAAAGCUUCUCAGUCAUAUGAUGUAAAAGUUGAAAAAGUAUCAGUAGGGGUAAUGAAAACAGAUGAGGAGCUUGAAGAACUGCAGGAAUUGGUCAGUAGGCUCAAGCUAGAUGAGAAGAAUGCUGAAGAUCGACUAGUAGAUGCUUUAGAUAAUUUUACACGGCUACAGAAUAAAAUGUCAGUAGAAACAAACAGACUAAAGAAAGAAGCAGAAGAUGCUAGAGAGUAUGCUAAGAAAAUUGAAGAAGAAUGGCAAAAAGGUCUACACCUGAUAGAAGUAGAAAAGAAAAAAUGGCAACAAGAUCGUAAUAAGUGGUCUGAAGAGAUAAAACAGGCACAGAAAGAAACCUUGUCUGCUCAUGUACAGAAAGACAGAGCAGAAAUGGAAAGAAAUGAAUUGUUACAGAAACUUGCAAAAGUACACAAGGACCUAGAAACCGAGCAUAACAAUUCACUUCAUCUUCAGGAUACCAUUCAAUCUAUUGUCUCAGAGUUUGAAGACAUGUCAGAUAGAGUUAAAAAGGCAGAGAUGAAUCUUGUUGAAUUUAAAAAAGCUGAAGGUAUUCGACAGUUGAAAAGAUCCAGAGAUGUGGCCAUGAAAAUUUUUGAUAUGCUGAAGGGAGAAAGAGCAAAUAACCUGCUCUUUGCUUCUCCACUCUCCCAAUAUGUAAAAGAAUUUGAGCAGUUCAUUCGUGUUCUUGAAGAGCAUCAAGUUUCCUUUCUGCAAGUUGCAGAUGAGCAACUUAGAGGGCUAGCUACUGGUAAAUCCUUGAAAGAGUAUCCUGAAUUGACCCUUCCUGAUAUUCCUGAUCCUCUGUCUUUAAUACAAACAUCACAGGGAGCUGUUCCUGGUAUUUUAGACCACAUGACAGGAGUUUUUCCUUUCCUUGAAAACCAUAGGAUGGGUACUUCAUUUCUGCCAACAUCCACAGGUGUUCCUUUAAUGCCUUUUCAAACACCUGCCAGUAUUCGACUACCUAUCCAAACUACAGCUUCUCCCUUACUGCGAGGAAUGUUACCCCGUACCAUGGUCUCCCCUCCACCAGGGUUAUUAGAUACUGUAUCUAGUCAUACUGAUGCUCUUAAAACAGCAAAAUCAGAUGAUAAUGUUAUGAACCAAAAUGGCCAAAACGCUUUUAAAUCAAAGAAAGAGAGUAUGAAAGAUUUAGAUGCUAUAGAAUUACUUCCUGAAAUUCAGAUGCACGUAAAGCCCAGAGAAAGAAGUUCUUCACAGGAAUCAUAUAAUAAAGAUAGGCUGAAGAACUCAAGACAAAACACCCCACAGGUUCCAGAUUCAAGCUCAAAAAAAUCCUUUGAAAAGCUUCUGGAAAAACUUAGUAUGAAACAUCCACAAUUGAAUCAAGCCAUGCUUAAAGAUUACAUUAAAAUAUUCCGAGCCCAGAGAAACAAUAAGCUUAGUGGAUUAACUAUUGAUGCAAUUGUUGCUGGUGUUAGUAAUGAAAUUGAAAAAUCCUUUAAAGACAGUGGUGUUAAGUUACGAUCAUCAGAAAAUUCUCAUACCACUCCUUGUAAAGCGGCUUCUGCAUCAAAACCACUAAGCUCAAAUGGAAUGGGACUUGACAAAUUUGACAAACUGAAGAGUGCAUGGAUCCAGCCUAAAGACCAGCAGACAUGUUGGUCAGGUGUGGAGUCAGAAGAUAAUAUAUGUGCUAUCUGUUUGGAGAACAUAUCUGCCCAAUCUGCUAAGAAGGUGGACUGUGGACACACAUUUCAUUCUAAGUGUAUUAAAGACUGGCUUGGAGAACAGAGCACGUGUCCUAGUUGUCGUGUGUACGUAGUUUUGGAAGAAGAGUUUCCAUCUUUAAAUAAGUAAAGCUGUAUAUCCAACCACUGUUUUAUAUGGUGAAAUAUGAUAAAAACUUUUUAAUUUUUCUCUUUCAUUUUUUCAGAAUGAACCAAACUAUGGUGGUUACUUUUUGUGUCCAAACUUUAUCGUUAACAAUAGACAUUUCUUAUUUUUAUCCAUUAUUGAUGAGAAACUGUCAAUCUUGCUGUUAACUUCAGUGUAUAAAAAAGCUAUAAUAAAUUUUUUAGCAUACUGUG